AUGGAUGACCCCUAUCACAACAAUCUGACCCAGCAGGGGACAGGAGGUGGCACCUACACCCAGGAAGGAGGAGGAGGAGGAGGAGGUCAAGAUGGCUACCCUUACCAGGCGGACUACCCUCCUCAGGAAGAAGACGCUCGAAGCGACGCCACCGAGGGCGCGGACGAUGACGAGCAGAUGUACGAGGGCGAGUAUCAAGGCGUUCCCCAUCCCGAUGAGAUCAAGGAGGCUCGGAGGGCGGCUCGGUUGGAGGCCAGGAGGAAAGCUCGCCAGGCUGCACAGCAAGAGGAGGAGGAAGACAACCUGCCGGAGCAAUACGAAACCCUGAUGGAGGAUUGUGGCCACGGGCGAUUCCAGUGGAUGCUGUUCGCCGUGCUGGGUCUGGCGCUGAUGGCUGACGGCGUGGACGGCUUCGUGGUGGGCUUCGUGCUGCCCAGCGCUGAGAAGGACAUGUGCAUAUCCAACUCUGACAAAGGGAUGCUGGGUCUGCUGGUGUACGUGGCGAUGAUGGUGGGGGCGUUGGUGUGGGGGGGUCUGAGUGAUAAGAUGGGGAGGAGGAAGUGUCUGAUCUACGUCCUGAGCAUCGACCUGGUCUUCUCCUUCCUCUCCUGCUUCGCGCAGGGCUACGGCUUCUUCCUCUUCUUCAGGAUCUGCUCCGGCUUCGGAAUUGGCGGCUCCAUCCCGAUCGUUUACACCUACUUCACUGAGUUCCUGCAGAUGGAUAAACGUGGAGAACAUCUGAGCUGGCUCUGCAUGUUCUGGAUGUUGGGGGGGCUUUACGCCUCUUUCACCGCCUGGGGAAUCAUCCCACACUACGGUUGGGGAUUCGCCAUCGGGACAGAGAUCCAGAUCCACAGUUGGAGAUUAUUCAUCUUCGUGUGUCUCUUCCCUGCGUUGGCUGCUCUCAUCGGAGUCAUCUUCAUGCCGGAGAGCCCUCGUUUCCUUCUGGAGGCUGCUCGACAUGAUGAAGCGUGGAUGGUUCUCAGACGAGUUCACGACACCAACUGGAAGGCAAAGGGGGAACCAGAGAGAGUUUUCACUGCGACCAACAUCAAGACUCCACAGACUGAGGAGGACGAUUUCAUCGAGAUCCAGAGCGACACGGGGACGGCUUUCCAGCGCUGGACCGUCCGUCACAUGACCAUGCUGCAGCAGGUGAUGGCUAACAUCAUGUCGCUCUCUGCCGCUGAGCUCCGGCUGCAGGGCCUCUUCCUGCUCAUCGUCUGGUUCUGCCUGGCCUUCAGCUACCACGGGCUGGGAGUGUGGUUUCCUGAUAUGAUCAAAUACAUGCAGUACGAGGAGUACGAGUCCAAGGUCCGAGUGUUUCACCGAGAACGAGUCGAACGCUUCCACUUCAACUUCUCUUUAGUCAACCAGAUCCACCGCGAGGGCGAGUACAUCCACGACAAGUUUGCAAACAUUGAGAUUAAGUCGGUGAAGUUCGAGGAUUCUCUGUUUGAAAACUGCUACUUUGAGGAUGUCAGGUCCACCAACACCUUCUUUGAGAACUGCACCAUCAAAAACACCGUCUUCUAUAACACAGACCUCUGGGAGGAGAAGUUUAAAGAUUGCAAGAUGGAGAACACCACCUUCCUCCACCCGAAGAAAGGCUGCCACCUGAACUUCCUGGAGGAAAACGACAUCAUAAUAUAUAUGGUCAGCUUCCUGGGGAGUCUGGCCGUCUUACCGGGGAACAUCCUCUCUGCUUUGUUCAUGGACAAGAUAGGAAGGAUCCGAAUUAUAGGUGGUUCUAUGUUGGCGUCGGCCGCCUGUACCUUCUUGCUGCUGCUGAGUUUCAGUCAAGGAGCGGUAAUAUGUUGGCAGUGUCUCUUCUACGGCACCAGCGUGGCGGCAUGGAACGGCUUACAGGUCAUUUCUGUGGAGCUCUACCCCUCCGCCAAAAGAGGGACGGCGUUCGGUAUCCUGAACGGGAUCUGUAAGUUUGCCGCCAUCCUCGCCAGCUUCAUCUUCGCCAAAUUCAUCGGCAUCACGAAGAUAGUCCCGAUCUUCUUGGCCUUCGCUUCGCUCGUCUGCGGAGGUUUGGUCGCCCUGAAGCUGCCGGAAACUCGGGAGAAAAUCCUCCAGUGA